UCCAAUCUAGUGAACAGUUUAUAGGUCCAAAUUACGAGAUAUUUGACAAACCUACAACAUCAACCAAAUUAGCCUCACCUGAUCCUACUGUCAAAUAUACCACUGCCAUAACUGAUUUUCCUAUGGUACAUACUCCAGAUCCUAUGAGUGAAACAAUUUUGUCUAGACCAACUACAGCAAUUCUUAAAGUUAUAGAUAAAUUUUCUACAUUAGGUAGUAGAGGUCAUUCCUCUAAAUCAGAAACAUCUAGUGUUUUAAGUAUUAAAGAACCAUUAGAAGAUAAACCAAAUUAUGGUAGUUAUCUGGCCAAUAAACUUCAAAGCAAAUUGAAUAAAAUAUUGAAGAUUGAAAAUAAAUUAAGAAGUCAUGAAAAAGAUCUUGUUGUUGAUUUGUUGAAUUGGGCUAAAACCGUUCCAAGUGAAUCUUGUGAAUCAGUAAUAAAGAAUUUUGCUAAUUUAUAUUCAGUAAAAGGUUUUGCAGCUGCAUCAACAAUGGAUAAUUUAUUCAAGAUUAAAUCUAGUCUUGCAAGUGUUGAACAAAGAGAAAAGAAAACCAGAGAAUCUUGUGAAACUAAUAUUAAAUUAUUAAAAGAAUUAAAGGAUUAUGAAUCAAAGUUUGGAUCUGGUUCAAAUAGAUCUCAAAUGAUUAGGGAAAAGAUUGAAUCAAAUUCUAUCAAUUUAGAAACUGCAGAAAUGCAAUUUGUUAGAUCAAUCUCAACUGAAUUAAAAGAAGCAUUAUUUGAAUAUGUUCUUAGUUUACAAGAUCUUUCUAAAAGAAUAGAUAAUGCCACUACCGAUUAUUCAAUGAAUAUUGUUAAUACUGAAAUUGAUAAUAGUUCUGGACCAAAAUCCAAACUUUUACAUAUGGCACGAAAAGAACUUGGAAUUCCAUCAACUAUACCAAAACCAAUUUCUGAAGGUAAUAGAAUGUAUGUUAUGAGAAAUUGUAAUUUCAAAGGUCAUAAUAAAGAAACCCACCUCAUUGAUGAAUUUGGCUAUUCCCUAUGUGUAGAAUGUCAAAAAAAUAGAGCUAGUAAUACUAAUAGUGCAAACACUCAGAAUUCUAAUAUACCUUAUGAAUCAAGUGUGGAAUCUGGACAAAAGGUUAAUGAAAUUAAUAAUCCAUCCAGAAUUCCAGCUGAUGAUAUUAAACAAACAUAUCAUUAUCGUGAUGGAUCAUUUAAUAAUAAUAAUGAUCAAUGGAACUAAUUAAUGGGUGAUAUCAUUUAUUUGUAAACUAUGUACAUGAUUCAUCUAUAAAG